UCUCAUUCUUCUUCUUCCACUGUCUCUCCUUAUUACUUAUUGCAGCCCAUGCAACCAGCUUCAGCUCAAUAAUACUAAAUCCAUCUCGAAGACGAAUACUACAAGAAAACAGAGUUGUUCUCGCAGAACAAGACGCAGAGCCGCUUGAUUAUAGAUAUGCAUGUUUGGACCGAAGUGGUAUGGCUCCAUCAAGAAAAUACCAAAGCAAUCUCAAGAAUCUCAUGUCUUCACUUUCUUCUGUUGCCUCAACCAGCAAUGGAUUUGGUAACAGAACUGCAGGUAGUAAUGAAGAUAAGGUGUAUGGGCUUUAUCUUUGUAGAGGGGAUGUGAAUUCAAGUUUAUGUCAUUCUUGUGUUCAAGAUUCUAGCAGAUUGAUCCAACAGCAUUGUCCCAAUAAUGCUACUGCAGUUUUAUGGUACCCAUUUUGCCUUCUCAGGUACUCAAACCAGGAUUUCUUCGACAAUCUAACGCUAAGGCCUCGGAUUCCCAUGUUUGAUGCAUCACAAAACUUCACGAGUGCAGGAGAGUUCGACAGUGACGCUACGAUUCUGAUGAACGGUUUGAUACAGACAGGUUCAAAGACAAACCUGAUGUUUGGGACACACGUCUUCAACAUAAAUGGCACCCAGAAAAGGUAUGGUUGGGUUCAGUGCAGCAGAGACAUAACCAAUGAUGAGUGCAGAACAUGUCUGAGCAAUAUGCUAGAAGAUGUUGAGAAUUGCUGUGAAGGCAAGAAGGUUUGGAGAAUCUUUUCUCCUAGCUGUAUUGUUAUGUAUGAGACUCAGCCUUUCUUUGUAAAUUAUCCCGGGUUGAUUGCUCCAGCGCCCCAGCCAGGUGAGGAAAGUAGUAACAGGCCAAUGCUUAUAGUUAUCGUUGUUAUAAGUGUAGUAGUAGUACUAGCUCCACUGGCUUUCUGCACAAUCUACCUGAGGUUCUUGAGAAAGAAAAAAGACAAACAAGCAGUGCAGGAAGAUGGGCUAAAUCCAGUAUUUUCUCAGGAUCAAACUGACGAAGAGAAUUCUAUGAGUACUGAACUUCUGAUGAUGUCCCUGAAAACUAUUCUUCAAGCCACUUGUAACUUUUCUGAAGAAUGUAAAUUGGGAAAAGGUGGAUUUGGCUCUGUUUACAAGGGUGUUUUAUCUGAUGGGAAGGAAAUAGCAGUAAAGAGGCUGUCAAAAACUUCAGGGCAAGGAUUAAAAGAGUUUAAGAAUGAAGUGAUCUUGAUUGCAAAAUUGCAGCAUCGGAACCUUGUGAGAUUGUUAGCUUGCUGCAUUGAGCAAAAUGAAAAACUACUUGUUUAUGAGUACAUGCCUAAUUCUAGCCUCGAUUUUCACCUCUUCAAUAUGGAGAAGCGUUCCCAGCUGGAAUGGAAGCUGCGAUUGAGCAUCAUUAACGGAAUUGCAAAAGGACUUUUAUAUCUCCAUGAAGACUCUAGACUAAGGGUUAUUCAUAGGGAUCUAAAAGCUAGUAAUAUACCAUUAAACCAUGAAAUGAAUCCAAAAAUUUCUGAUUUUGGAUUAGCAAGAGCUUUUGGAGGCGACCAAAGGCAAGCAAAUACUAUUAGAGUUGUGGGUGGUUAUAUGGCUCCAGAAUAUGCUAUGGAAGGCUUGUUUUCAAUAAAAUCAGAUGUUUUCAGCUUUGGUGUUCUCCUACUAGAAAUCAUUAGUGGAAAAAAGAAUGGUGGAUUCUAUCUUUCACAGCACCGUCAAAGCCUUCUCACAUAU